CCAGCAUCUCCGGCUUUUCGCACCUCCUGCAUCCCCUCCCUCCUCUCUAUCACUCCCUUCCAGGGAGAGAGGGAGGCAGGGACAGCCAGCCAGCCACUGGGAUCUUAACCUUCCCAAAGAGGGAACACACACUGCAAACUCAGUUGAUUAAGCAGCAAACAAACAAACAAACAAACCGUCCAAAAAAAGCUUCUGGUCCACGGGAAAGGCUCUGCGGGUCUUUAUCUGGAGCCUUAGAUCUUCUUGGAGCAGUGGGGGCGAGUGAUGAGCUGGAUCUCUUUGGGUUCAUCAUGAAGUCUGGUUCCACCUGUGCUGUUCCAAGGGUCAUGAGCUGCCUGCGCCGUCUGCUUGGCUCAGCCCUCCUUCGCCUGCCCUCCCGGGUUUAGGAGGCAGAACUACCGGAUCAGUCCCUGUAUUUUUCUACCCUUCAACUGGCUCACCUCACUGUGCCACCACCCAAGCAUCUGCUGCUGGGCUGGGAGUUUUGUGGCCCUUCGGGGAAAGGCCCCUGCCUAAAGCAUCCCCAAGGCAUAUGCUCUCCUGGGAUAAAGGCCUCUGGAUCCUCUUGGAUAGCUGAGAUCUUUUCUUGGAGAAGUGGUAUCUUUCCUGGCUGGAUUCCUGAGUUGGCUACACCUGCUCUCCUCCACCUCCUCCUCUGCUGCUGCUGCUGCUUCUUAGACCUCCAGUUGGGUUUAUUGGCCAGAGCUUUGGAAUCCAGCAUUUCCCUGCUCUCUCCGUGGCUGCUUUCUACUCUGUGUGUCCACUGUGGCUCUUACCCAGCCUCCAUCGCUGUCUCCUCACUCCUCUCUCUUUGUCUUUCUCUCCCCACCACUACCCUCCCCCUUUCUGCCCCCCCAUCCCUUCCUGUCACUCAGUAGGAAGACCCCACUUUCUUGCACCACCCUCCCGUUUCCUCCCCCCAAGGUCUGCCUGGUCUCUCCCCAGGAGCAGCUGCAGCAAUGGCCUUCACCCUUCCCUCGGUCUGCUUCACCCUGCUGCUGGGCUCCUUUGUGGGGUCGUGCCUGGGGCUGGAGUUCUCGGGCCUCCCGAACCAGUGGGCACGCUUCCUGCGCUGGGACGCCAGCACCCGUGGAGACCUGAGCUUCCAGCUGAAGACCAAUGUCUCUGCCGGAUUGCUGAUCUACCUGGAUGAUGGGGGCGUGUGUGACUUCCUGUGUCUCUCCCUGGUGGACGGGCGGGUCCAGCUCCGGUUCAGCAUGGACUGUGCCGAGACGGCAGUGCUGACUGACAAGCGGGUCGACGACGGCGACUGGCACUUCCUGAGGGUGAGCCGUGACCGCCUGCGGACCGUGCUGGCCCUGGACGGCCAGACCCGGCCCGGGGAGGUGCGCCCUCAGAGGCCCUACAUGAAUGUGGUCAGCGACCUGUUUGUCGGCGGGGUUCCUGCAGACGUGCGCCCCUCUGCCCUGACCCUCGAUGGGGUGCAGGCCGAGCCUGCCUUCCAGGGAUUUAUCCUGGACCUCAAGUAUGGGAACUCCGAGCCGCGUCUCCUGGGCAGCCGGGGGGCUGAACUGCAAGACGAGGAUCCCUGCUCCCGGAACCCCUGCGAGAAUGGGGGGACCUGCUUUCUCUUGGAAGGCCAGCCCACCUGCGACUGUUCAGCCACUGGCUAUGGUGGCAAGCUCUGCUCUGAAGAUGUCAACCAAAUUCCAGGCCUCUCACACCUCAUGAUGAGUGAACAAGCCCGAGAUGAGAACGUGGCCACCUUCAGGGGCUCCGAGUACUUGUGCUAUGACCUGUCCCAGAACCCCAUCCAGAGCAGCAGCGACGAAAUCACCCUCUCCUUCAAGACCUGGCAACGCAAUGGGCUCAUCCUCCACACGGGCAAGUCGGCUGAUUACGUCAACCUGGCACUGAAAGAUGGAGCGGUCUCUUUAGUCAUUAACCUGGGAUCCGGGGCCUUCGAGGCCAUUGUGGAGCCUGUGAAUGGCAAGUUCAAUGACAACGCCUGGCAUGAUGUCAAAGUGACCCGCAACCUGCGGCAGCACUCAGGCAUUGGACACGCUAUGGUGACAAUCUCUGUGGAUGGCAUCCUCACCACGACUGGGUACACCCAAGAGGACUACACCAUGCUAGGCUCAGAUGACUUCUUUUACGUAGGAGGAAGCCCCAGCACGGCAGAUUUACCAGGAUCGCCCGUCAGCAACAACUUCAUGGGCUGCCUGAAGGAGGUUGUUUAUAAGAAUAACGAUAUCCGUCUGGAGCUAUCUCGCUUGGCGCGGAUCAGUGACACCAAGAUGAAGAUCUAUGGCGAUGUGGUAUUCAAGUGUGAGAAUGUAGCCACUCUGGACCCCAUCAACUUUGAGACCCCCGAGGCUUACAUCAGCUUGCCCAAGUGGAACACGAAAAGGAUGGGUUCCAUCUCCUUUGACUUCCGUACCUCAGAGCCCAACGGGCUGAUCCUCUUCACCCAUGGCAAGCCCCAGGAGAGGAAGGAUGUCAGGAGUCAGAAGAACACAAAGGUGGACUUCUUUGCGGUGGAGCUCCUCGACGGGAACCUGUACCUGUUACUUGAUAUGGGCUCUGGAACCAUCAAAGUGAAGGCCACCCAGAAGAAAGCCAAUGACGGAGAGUGGUACCACGUGGACAUCCAGCGAGAUGGAAGAUCAGGCACCAUAUCAGUGAACAGCAGGCGAACCCCAUUCACCGCCAGUGGGGAGAGCGAGAUCUUGGAUUUGGAAGGCGACAUGUACCUGGGCGGGUUGCCAGAAAACCGUGCCGGGCUCAUCCUCCCCACUGAGCUCUGGACUGCCAUGCUGAACUACGGCUAUGUGGGCUGCGUCCGGGACCUGUUCAUCGAUGGGCGGAGCAAGAACAUCCGGCAGCUGGCGGAAAUGCAGAAUGCCGCGGGGGUCAAGUCCUCGUGCUCCCGGCAGAGCACCAAACAGUGCGACAGCUAUCCCUGCAAGAAUAACGCCGUCUGCAAGGAUGGCUGGAACCGGUUCAUCUGUGACUGCACUGGCACCGGCUACUGGGGGAGGACGUGUGAAAGAGAGGCAUCCAUUCUGAGCUACGAUGGAAGCAUGUACAUGAAGAUCAUCAUGCCCAUGGUCAUGCACACAGAGGCCGAGGACGUUUCCUUCCGCUUCAUGUCUCAACGUGCCUACGGCCUGCUGGUUGCCACCACCUCACGAGACUCGGCUGACACCUUGCGUCUGGAGUUGGAUGGAGGACGGGUCAAGCUCAUGGUUAACCUAGACUGUAUCAGGAUAAACUGUAACUCCAGCAAAGGACCCGAGACCCUUUAUGCUGGACAGAAACUCAAUGACAACGAGUGGCACACUGUUCGGGUGGUGCGGAGAGGGAAGAGCCUGAAGCUGACCGUGGAUGACGAUGUGGCUGAGGGUACAAUGGUGGGCGACCACACCCGUUUGGAGUUCCACAACAUCGAGACAGGAAUCAUGACAGAGAAGCGUUACAUCUCAGUUAUCCCAUCCAGCUUCAUUGGCCACUUACAGAGCCUCAUGUUCAAUGGACUGCUCUACAUCGACUUGUGCAAAAAUGGCGACAUUGACUACUGUGAGCUGAAGGCCCGCUUUGGCCUUCGCCACAUCAUUGCCGACCCUGUCACCUUCAAGACCAAGAGCAGCUACCUGAGCCUGGCCACUCUGCAGGCCUACACCUCCAUGCACCUCUUCUUCCAGUUCAAGACCACCUCGGCUGAUGGCUUCAUCCUCUUUAACAGUGGGGAUGGCAAUGACUUUAUCGCUGUCGAACUUGUCAAGGGGUACAUACACUAUGUAUUUGACCUUGGGAAUGGUCCCAAUGUCAUCAAGGGCAAUAGUGAGCGGCCUCUGAAUGACAACCAAUGGCAUAACGUGGUAAUUACCCGGGACAAUAGCAAUACCCACAGCCUGAAGGUGGAUACCAAGGUGGUCACUCAGGUUAUCAAUGGUGCCAAAAAUCUGGAUCUUAAAGGUGAUCUCUACAUGGCCGGCCUGGCUCAAGGCAUGUACAGCAAUCUCCCAAAGCUCGUGGCUUCCCGUGAUGGCUUUCAGGGCUGUCUAGCAUCAGUGGAUUUGAACGGGCGCUUACCAGACCUGAUCAACGAUGCUCUCCACAGGAGCGGGCAGAUUGAGCGUGGAUGUGAAGGACCAAGCACCACCUGUCAAGAGGACUCUUGUGCAAACCAGGGGGUCUGUAUGCAGCAAUGGGAAGGAUUUACCUGUGACUGUUCCAUGACAUCUUACUCUGGGAACCAGUGCAAUGACCCUGGUGCUACCUAUAUCUUUGGGAAGAGUGGCGGUCUCAUAUUGUACACCUGGCCUGCAAACGACCGUCCCAGCACCCGAUCAGACCGCCUUGCCGUGGGUUUCAGCACAACGGUGAAGGAUGGCAUCCUGGUUCGGAUCGACAGUGCUCCAGGACUAGGAGAUUUCCUUCAACUUCACAUAGAGCAAGGAAAGAUUGGAGUGGUUUUCAACAUUGGUACAGUGGACAUCUCCAUCAAAGAGGAGAGCACACCAGUUAAUGACGGGAAAUACCACGUGGUCCGCUUCACCCGGAAUGGAGGCAAUGCCACUCUUCAGGUGGACAACUGGCCCAUCAAUGAACACUACCCCUCAGGCAACACUGAUAAUGAACGCUUCCAAAUGGUAAAACAGAAAAUCCCCUUCAAAUAUAACCGGCCCGUAGAGGAGUGGCUGCAGGAAAAAGGCCGACAGCUAACCAUCUUCAACACCCAGGCGCAAAUAGCCAUUGGAGGAAAAGACAAGGGGCGUCUCUUCCAAGGCCAGCUCUCCGGUCUCUAUUAUGAUGGCUUGAAAGUACUGAAUAUGGCGGCAGAGAACAACCCCAACAUUAAAAUCAAUGGAAGUGUCCGACUGGUAGGCGAAGUUCCGUCCAUCUUGGGAACAACACCGACGACUUCCAUGCCACCUAAAUGUCAACAACCGGUCAUGGAGACGACCACCACUAUGGCAACUACCACCACCCGGAAGAAUCGUUCCACAGCCAGCAUUCAGCCGACGUCGGAUGACCUUGUCUCGUCGGCAGAAUGCUCCAGCGACGACGAAGACUUUGUCGAAUGCGAACCUAGUACAGGAGGUGAAUUAGUUCUCCCUCUCCUCAUAGAAGAUCCUUUAGAUAUCCCUCCUAUUGCUCCUCGUGCACCUUCCAUUACACUCCCCCCUACCUUCCGCCCCCUCCUCACCAUUAUUGAGACCACCAAAGAUUCCCUGUCCAUGACCUCUGAGGCGGGCUUACCUUGCUUGUCGGACCGAGGCAGCGAUGGUUGUGAUGAUGAUGAUGAUGAUGGCUUGGUGAUAUCUGGGUAUGGCUCAGGGGAAACCUUUGACUCUAACCUGCCCCCUACUGAUGAUGAAGAUUUUUACACCACCUUCUCCUUGGUAACAGAUAAGAGUCUUUCCACUUCAGUCUUCGAAGGUGGCUACAAAGCACAUGCGCCCAAGUGGGAAUUCAAGGACUUUAGACCUAACAGAGUCUCCGAAACCGGUAGGACUCCUACCACACCUUUGUCCCCUGAGCUGACGCGCUCCACGGCAUCGUCCUCGUCCGGGAUGGCGCCCAGACUGCCGGCCGGCAAAAUGAAUAACCGUGAGCUCAGACCCCAGCCUGAUAUAGUCUUGCUUCCGUUGCCCACUGCCUAUGAGCUAGACAGCACAAAACGGAAGAGCCCGCUAAUCACUUCCCCCAUGUUCCGUAAUGUGCCCACAGCAAACCCCACAGAGCCAGGAAUCAGACGGGUCCCGGGGGCCUCAGAGGUGGUCCGCGAGUCCAGCAGCACGACGGGGAUGGUCGUCGGCAUCGUGGCGGCCGCCGCCCUCUGCAUCCUCAUCCUCCUGUACGCCAUGUACAAAUACAGGAACAGGGACGAGGGCUCCUAUCAGGUGGAUGAGACGCGGAACUACAUCAGCAACUCCGCCCAGAGCAACGGCACACUCGUCAAGGAGAAGCAGCAGAGCUCCAAGGGUGGCCACAAGAAGCAGAAAAACAAGGACAGAGAGUAUUACGUGUAAAGACAGAGAUGCGAACAGAGUUAUUUCUAUAUACAUAUAUAAAUACGGUCACGCGAGAUUCGACGGAGAAAUCGGAACGGCUAGGACGCUGUCCAGAGCGGGAGUGACGGCUGAGGGAAAACAAAACUAAACAAAAACAAAAAAAACAAAAAAGUGCAAAUCUUUUGGCCGUGACCGCUCUAUUUUGGUCAUCGCUCGGAGAGAGAACAACAAAACGAAAAACACUCUGCCCCCUGUAUCAUAAAGCACAUCCGUCUGCCUGGGCAGGGGCAUGACUCCCCACAGGCCUUGGCGGACUUCGAGGUGUCCGUGCCCCUCCCUCCCUACCCCCACCUGCGCGGAACUUUGGAUGAGAGGCAGGAGGCUUCUCGCAACUCCGAGCGAGCGUCUCUAACGACGUUCAUGACCCUUGUCUGUAUCAAUGAUUUUUCAGUUGCAUUCUUUUCAAAAAUAGACAAAAAAAUUUGACAAAAAAAAUGAUCGGGAAAUGUCCGUUAUACUUGUAACUUUGUGAGAUCCGAGAAAUAUGACAGCUUUUGGGUUUAUUUUUGGAGAGGAGGCUGGACGCGAGCCGCAGAGUGAGCGAGCGAGAGAGGGUGAAAGAGUGAGAGAUAGUUCUCAAAAAAUAAUACAAAAACAGACCGUCGCCAUAUAGUAACUCAAAAGCUACCCAUGGUGUUCACUCUACAUAUCAGGUUGUGGUGUCCCUAGAAUCUGUGAUUUGUUUGCGGUAAGGCGCUCUGCUCGGAACACAUAGAAACCGUGCGAUCAACGGCGUUACCUAGAGCCGAUCCCCUGGCAUCUGCAGACCGAACUCUUGGAACGGACAGGUCCUGUCUCGUCCGAUCGGGGCUCUCGGCUCUGUGCAAAUCGAUUGUCCGUACGCAUCGGCGCAGACGGACAGCGGCGAGGGGAAACGGGGCCAGCCUUUCUGAGUCGGGCAGAGUUUGUCUCGCUAACUCAACAAGAGCCUUUCUUGGAGGGUGGGUGGGGGCCGUUCUGGUGCCGACUGAUUGAGAUGCAUGCAAAAAAACAAAACAAAAAAAACAAAAAAAAAACAAAAGACAAAAAAACAAAAAUCAAACAAUCCAUUCAAGAACCUAAACAAAGACAAUAUGGGAGUUCCACAUGUGACAGAACAACAAAAGGUCACACGAGCCAAACACGUCAUGAGUACAAAAUAGUUUUGUUUUGGUGUUUUGGGGUUUUUUUGACAUGAUGUUUUUUCAUAUGCAACUUUCAUUUUGUAGCCUGACACUCACGAAUAGGUCUGUCCUCCCAUCUGCCCAAUUCUCCCUUGACCCUCUCUUUUUUAAAGAUAAAUAAAUAAAUGAAUAAAGCUGCUGUGACACAAAAAGGAAUUUAAUAGUAUAAUAUAUAAAUAUAUAUAUACAGAUAUAUUUAUCACGGUAUGUUUGGGACGAAUGGGCCAGAAAUGUGUUACGGUCUUGACGCAUUGAGAGAGUGUUGUUUUCAGAGAAAACAACAGAACAAUAGGUUCACCUUAAAUGUGAAGAAAGCGUAAGUAAGUUUUGUCACAGUCACCUGUGUCAAAAGAAAAAUGAUCUGCUCAGAUUUUGUUUACAUAUUUUACUACAUCUUUUGCCGGUGUAAUUUCUUAGAUAGCCACCUAUUGUACAUACCGCUUUCAGAUUGACCUGUUCAUUUCUUUCAUUUUCUUUCCGUUUGGUUUCUUUUCUGUAUUCCUUUGAAAGGGGGGUAACAAUGUACAGAAUAAGAACCAGUGGGUGGUUGGGCCGUGGGUAUCACGUACUAAAAAGCGAGAGGGAGCGAGAAAGUAAAAACAGAAAAAAAAAACACAAAGUGAAAUACGGACUCUGGAAAAUCAGAAAUACACUAUUUCUUUGUGUACAGAUGAAAAUCAAUCAGCUGUUUAGAUUUAGAUAUCUACUCUUGCUGGUGUUCGUAAGUCGCAUGAAUAUUUGACUUUGAAGAAAUGUCAUCGCACACACACACGAAAACAAGAGCAAACUCAAAGGGAGGAGCCUUCUCUAAUGAAAAUGGGAAGGAAUUUCCCGAGUUACCAGUUACUUUCGAUAUAAGUGUGUGGUUUUGGAUUUUUUGGGUUUUUUUGUUUUUUAAUACAAAGACAGGUUUGAAAAAAGGUACGAAAGCACGAUUUUAGAUCACUCGAAUGGCCAAACCUAUAUGAAGUUGAUUAUAUCUUGAUGUCCGUAAAAGAUUGCUGUUCUUGGAGUCUUGUGAAAUGAUCUCCUGCUUUCUUUACUCUUCAUUUCAAGGAUACAAAAUCUGUUACGUUCUUUUUGGUGUAAGUUUCUAUUGGACAGUUUUUUGGGAACAUGUGCAUUCUGUAUGUGGGCUUCUACAUUAUCCCCAACUUAUGAAAAGAACCUCGAGGAUUUCGUUGGGUUAUUGUGAUGUUAUUUUCCUUUUUAUUCUUUUCUUUAUUAAAUAUUUGCCUUUUGGUUCAAGGAUAUGCUUAGCAAUAAAAUGUUCUUCCCAAG